AUGCCUCAUUCAGAUAAAGUUGAUAUGUUGUUUAUUUAUUGGGAGUGUCAAAAAAAUGCACGUCUUGCGGCACAAACAUAUGCACAACGUUACCCAGAUAGAGAACAUCCUGUCCAUAGUGUUUUUAAUAAUUUAGAAAGGAAUCUAAGAACCUAUGGAUCAUUUUCUAAAAGGGUAAAUAAUUUACAACAAAGACGAGGUGAUGCUUUAGGUGAAGAGGUCGAGGGAAACCUAUUAGCCUAUGUUCGAACAAAUCCCAGAAGUUCAACACGGCACGUUGAUAGAGAGCUUGGAAUAUCUCAUACCACAGUUUGUAAGAUAUUAAAAAAAUAUAAAAUGCAUCCAUAUCGACCAGAUUUAGCUCAGCAUUUGCGUCAGGGUGAUGCACCUCGUAGACUAGCUUUUGUUGCGUGGUUGAUGACCAGUUUAGACGAAAAUCCAUUAAUUUUAAAUUCAAUAUUAUGGACAGAUGAAUCCAAGUUUACUAAUAAUUGUGUAAUUAAUAAGCAAAAUAACCGUUACUGGGACGAUCAAAAUCCACAUUGGACAUUUGAAACUAACAAUCAAACUGUUUGGGGAACAAACGUUUGGUGUGGUUUAAUUGGUGGUAAAUUGCUUGGUCCAUUUUUUUAUGAUGGAACACUCAAUGGUAGACGAUAUUAUAAUUUUUUACUAAAUGAAUUACCAAUGAUGCUUGAUGAUAUUCCUUUAGCUCUAAGAGGUAAUAUUAUUUUUCAACACGACGGUGCUCCAGCUCACAAUGCUCACAUAGUUCGCGACUAUUUAAAUUCACAAUUUCAAAAUCGAUGGCUAGGAACUUACGGACCCAUUGAGUGGCCACCACGAUCACCUGACCUUACGCCACUAGAUUUUUUUUUAUGGGGACACUUGAAGUCAAUAGUGUAUGCCGAUCCUCCUAUAAAUCUUCAAAAUUUAAAAGAUAAGAUAACAGCAGCAUGCAAUCAACUGACUGAUGAACAAAUUACUGCUGCAACAAAUAAAGAAUUUAUGCGGCGCGCUGAAUCAUGUUUUGUUCACGGCGGAGAACAGUUUGAACAAUUUAUUCGUUAG